AUGCAAGAGGAGCAACAGCCUGAGGCUGCUGCAGAUCCAAUGUCCUCCUCUGAUGCACCAGAAGACGGCCCAAAGGAAGCAUCAAGUAUAUCGCAGAAUAUCUCUGAUGCAGAUGCAUUUAAAAUUCUCCUGGAGAUGAAGAUGAAGAAGAGACAGAAAAAACCUACUUUACCGAGCACUGUGACUGAGCUUGACACUGAGGAUGGUUCUAAAGUAUAUGUGGUUGGAACAGCCCACUUCAGUGACAGCAGCAAAAAGGAUGUAGUGAAGACAAUACAAGAAGUGCAACCUGAUGUAGUUGUGGUGGAACUAUGCCAGUACAGAGUUUCUAUGUUAAAGAUGGAUGAAAAGACAUUACUAAAAGAAGCCAAAGAAAUAAAUCUGGAAAAACUUCAACAAGCUAUAAAGCAGAAUGGAGUCAUGUCUGGACUGAUGCAAAUGCUGCUUCUGAAGGUUUCUGCUCACAUCACCGAACAGCUGGGAAUGGCCCCAGGAGGAGAAUUCAGGGAGGCUUUCAAAGAGGCCAGUAAAGUACCUUUCUGUAAAUUCCAUCUUGGAGACCGACCCAUCCCCGUUACAUUUAAGAGAGCAAUUGCUGCACUUUCUUUCUGGCAAAAAGUCAAGCUUGCCUGGGGCCUUUGCUUCUUAUCUGACCCAAUCAGUAAAGAUGAUGUGGAGAAAUGCAAACAGAAGGAUUUACUGGAGCAGAUGAUGGCAGAAAUGAUUGGAGAAUUUCCUGAUCUUCAUCGAACAAUUGUCUCGGAACGAGAUAUUUACUUGACCUACAUGCUGAAGCAAGCAGCAAAGCAGAUAGAACUACCUCGAGCUUCAGAAGCUGAACCUAGGAAAUAUAUCCCAGCUGUUGUAGUUGGUGUUGUUGGGAUGGGUCAUGUACCUGGCAUUGAAAAGAACUGGAACUCUGACUUAAACAUCCAGGAAAUAAUGAGUGUACCUCCUCCAUCAACUUCAAGUAAGAUUUUCAAAUUUGUUAUAAAAGCAACAGUUUUUGGACUGAUGGGAUAUGGCUGCUACCGAAUAGGUCAAAGGACAGUUCAGUUCAUUCUCUCGAUGCCCGCAGCACAGAGCUAUCUUCAGAAGCUGACAGAAAUCAGGUCUCAGCAUUGAACAUCGAGUGGAGGCACUACGUGAAGAAAGUGGCUGAAAAAGGGCGAUAGAGGCAACAAAUGUGACCUGGACUGAAAGAAGAGUGAGAUGAAGAUUCUAGUCAGAGAUGGUUGAUGCUGAGCAGAGCUGAAUUGCUGUAUAAAAGUAAAAGAUUUGAUACUCGAGUUACACCAGCUAUGAUCUAUGAUAGGUUUGGUUCCUGGUAAGUGUGUUGCAUUAAACCACAUGAUUCCAGAUUGAGGUAAAAGGCAUCUGUAUGCAAAUAUGUAUAUGUUAUAUAUAUAUACAUACUGUAUAUAUAAUAUAUAUUACUGAUGAUGUAGUACAGACUGCUUAAAGAGUGUA